CAUUGACCUCGUCGUUUAGGUUGAGGAAGUUCAAGUCGUCAGAAGUUCCAGUUUAUAUUGAAAGAAACUACGUGGAAGCGGAUAUUUCGUGCAUUUUCCGUUCUGUUUGAAACGAGAGGAAAAAGCUUUUGUUCAGGUUGUAAUUCAUUUCGAAUCAGAUUGGAAGAUGGGGAUUAAUUUGAUAAUUCUCCUCGUCUGUGUAGUUGCAACUGUGUCUGCCGGAGAAUUCGAUAUUGCCACCACUCCACAUUAUAGUUUUUUAAGCGAUGUAGAACUGUUAUUGAGAGAAAUGCAAAGCGCCAAUCCUCAGUAUUACUAUAACAAUAGUUUAGUGAACGAAGACGAAUUUUCUACGAGACAGAGCAGAAGAUACGUUUCCAGAAGUAAAUUGAAAGGUUUGGGUGAAGACGUUUUAAUUCUGCUCAGGAGUAUUGCUAAUUUAGUAGUGGAUCCACUGGGAAGUAAUAAAGGUAACACCACCAAACCUAAUAUUUUCAGCAACGGUUUAGCCGGACUUUCCGAAUAUUUAAUGGCUUUAGUGGAAAAUUCUUUAGACGAUCUUCCAAGUUUGCCACGUUUAGAUCCUCAGGAAUGUAUGAAAAGAAGCAUCUGUGAAGCUCACAAUCAACCUAAGAAAUAUGGUUUAAUAGGAUUAAUAAUACAGCUGUUAUUCCCUCCAUAUACAAAGACGGAUGAUGCAAAUAAUGUCGUGUCCAAAUACCAACUGGCAGCUCGAUACGGAAGGCAAAGCAGUGCCAAUUGUGCAAAUCAAUAUGACGGAUGCAUGAUCAACGUUCUAGACAUCAUCAAGACUGUGGCCAAAGUUUUUAUUCGUUGA